AUGGCGACUAACAAUCCAGCCAUAGACGGUGCUCUGGCGCAGCAAAGCCCAACUGUUGAGAAGUCCGCACAAGAGGCCAAGCCAGUAUUCAAAGCAGAAGAACGAUGGAAUCAUCCCAGAUCCAACAUACUUAAGACGUUAGCUACAUUCUGGACUUUCCUGGUGAUGGGAGCGAAUGAUGCCGCGUAUGGGCUCGAAAACUAUUAUAAUCUCUCUUAUACGAUUGUCUCUCUAGUUUUCCUGUCACCACUCGGUGGCUAUACCUUGGCUGCCCUACUCAACAACAAAAUCCAUACAACCCUUGGUCGCCGCGGAGUCGCCUGGAUUUCCCCAGGAUGUCAUUUACUGGCAUAUAUUGUCAAUUGCGUUCAUCCCCCAUAUCCAGUUUUAGUAGUCUCCUUCAUCUUUGCAGGGUUUGGAAAUGGAUUAGCCGACUCAGCUUGGAACGCCUGGAUUGGCAAUAUGGCUAAUGCCAACGAGCUCCUGGGACUUCUACACGGGCUAUAUGGUGUAGGAGCAGUUCUGAGUCCGCUGAUAGCGACUUCGUUAAUUACUGAGGCAAAAGUGCCUUGGUACUACUUCUACUAUAUCAUGAUUGGCUGUGCCGCAAUCGAGCUCGCCUUCUGUCUUAUGGUCUUUUGGGAUUCCACUGCUGCAGCACUGCAGGACGCUACACCCCAAGGGGACGAACCUGGCGGAGGCCUCCGUCAAGCCCUCUUCACGAGGCGAUCCGCCAGGGUCACUUGGAUUUGCGCAUUCUUCCUCCUUGGGUAUGUUGGGAUUGAGGUCGCCUUGGGCGGAUGGAUUGUAACGUUCAUGAUGCGAAUACGACAUGGACAGGACUUUGCCAGCGGUAUGGUUGCUACGGGGUUCUGGCUAGGCAUUGCCUGUGGUCGAGUAGUACUCGGGUUCAUCACUCCGCGAAUUGGAGAAAAACUGGCCAUAGUUAUAUAUUCCUUAUUCGCAAUAGCAUGCGGCUUAAUCCUCUGGCUCGUGCCUAAUUUCUACGCAUCAGCUGUGGCAGUCUCAUUCCAAGGAUUCUUCCUCGGCCCCUUCUUCCCAGCUGCAGUUAUCGUCGCUACCAAGCUGCUCCCACGAGCAUUACACGUCAGUGCUAUUGGUUUCGCAGCAGCAUUCGGAGGAGGUGGAGCUGCUGUGCUGCCCUUCGUAGUGGGUGCCAUUGCGCAGGCUCGAGGUGUGCAGGUCUUGCAGCCUUUUAUCAUUGGCCUCUCGGGUGGGAUUUUGUUGUUAUGGUUGGGACUCCCGCGAAUGCCAAAGAAAGGAGAUAAAGUGGAGGAUAAUGGAACUUCGGAUGUGUAG